AAAAACGUUAGAGGGUAGCACAUGUACGCGGACAACUAUUCCUCAUUUUGAUCUCAUUUCACAAUUUUAAAAAUCCAGUAAGACUUGUCACUUUUCUAGACAAAAACUCGCGAUUUUAUUAGGUAUUGAAAAAGAUGGGUGAGACUACUGAAAAAAAGGACGAAAUUAGGGAUGUCGCUGAUUUACUAGCAAAAACUAAAGUCGAACAAGUCAACGUUGUAAGUUUCAAAGGAAAAAGUAUCAAGUUGAACACUACUGAUGAUGCUGCAGAGGUUGUAAAUACAAUCAAGGCAAGCAAAGAUGUCCAAGCCUUGUGUUUAGAAGGCAACACCAUAGGAGUAGAAGCUGCGAAGGCCAUUGGAGAAGCACUGGCAACAAGACCUGAAUUUGAGAGAGCAUUAUGGAGUGACAUAUUUACUGGCAGACUAAGAUCUGAAAUUCCACUUGCAUUGAUCCUCUCCAAAGCACUGAUUAAGUGUCACAAAACAAGCUCUGAAGCAGGAACACCCUUAAAGCUUCAAGUCUUCAUAUCUGGGAGAAAUCGCCUGGAAAACCCUGGAGCUAAAUCAUUAGCAGCGGCAUUUGAGACAAUAGGAACACUAGAAGAGAUACAAAUGCCACAGAAUGGAAUCCUUCAUGAAGGGGUAGCAGCUCUUGCUGAAGCUCUCAAGUCCAAUCCAAACCUGAAGGUUUUGAAUCUGAAUGACAACACAUUCACCCCUAAAGGAGCCACGGCUAUGGCUGAGGUGCUGCCAAACCUGAAAAACAUUGAGGUGAUAAAUUUUGGAGACUGUCUGGUGAAAACAGAAGGAGCAAAGGCAUUGGCGAAAUCUUUACAAGGAGCAGUGAACAACUUGAAAGAUCUGAACCUCUCCUUUGAUGAGAUUAACAAAGAAGGUGCUCUAGCCAUUGUUGAGGCUCUGGUGAAUAAAGCAUCUUUAGAAAAACUGGAAUUGAAUGGAAACAGCAUAGGGGAUGAAGGACUUGAAGAAGUGAAGAACUGGCUGAAUGAAAAUGGUCAGCUUGAUAUUUUGGGUUCCAUGAGUGAGGAUGAGGGAGAAGGUGAUGACGAUGAUGAUGACGACGAUGAUGAUGAUGAUGAUCAGGAAGAUGAACUUGAAGGUGGAGACAGUGAAGGUGAUGAGGGAGAUGUCAGCAAUGACUUGAACCUGAGUGUGACAGGUGUCAGUCUUAAACCACAAUCACCAUUGCUUGGCGAUGAUGAAGAAGUGGAAAAAGAACUUAUUAAGGUGGUGAGCAUGGAAGUUGUCCAAGACUUUUUCAAGUCGCCAACACUGGAAAAAUUUAAGAACAUACCGAGCAGUCAACGGAGAUCGCUGUUAGCAGAAUAUUUAAAGGAUGAUUUGUACGAAACCAAUAAAGUAGCAAAGUACUUUGUGUCGAUCUCUGUUGCCCUAAAAAACGACAAAGAUGCACUCAUGGAAUGGGCUGAUACAGUUUUGAAGCCAUCCCUCGAGUCCGCGGACUGCAAAGAGGAAGGGCUCAUAUCUUCUCUGUUAAUUCAUAUGGGACUCCUUAAGGGAGAGGAGAAGAUGGAGUACCCCAAGGAUAUUUCUGGUCCUCUCAAAGCUCUAGAUUAUACCGUUAAACAACCUUACUUCCCAAGACAUCUUAAGUCAUUCUUCGUGGCCUUUGUUUCAAAACCCAACAAGUUGUUGGAAUCAUGUUUGGAAACACGUCACCAAUUUCUACAGACAUUGUAUCAGAUAUAAUGCUCAUUCUACUUUUGCGAUUUACUAACAUUUGCCACCAAAUUUUGAAUGCGUCUGCGCCUGUUCAUUGCAAUAGAGAGGAGACGUUUUAAGAUCAGAAAGAAAAGACGUCGUGUUAUUUCUCGAGCAGUCAGAAGGGAUUUGUAUCGUAGCAUAGAGAGGAUACUUAGCGUUGCCUAGCAACCAUGCAUCUGUUUACAAUGUGAACAUAAAUUUCCAGCCGGUGGUUAUAGUAGCUACGUCACUUUUUGUGUGUCUUGCAUGAUAUCCCCUACUCGAAAUGUCUGGGCGCUGGUCAGGAGGUCUGGUGUGAGCCCAAGAAGUCAAGGCUCACAAGUCAUCUUUCUAGAAGAAAUCUUACGAAACCAACUGCUGUUUUAGUCGGUCGCAUCGCACAAAUGAGGAAACUCUCCUACCUGGCGUCAAUAAAAUGAAAAGAAAGCCAAACAGAAAGAAUCCAAACCACGAAAUAAAACCUUGAUUUCCUUUUUUAUUA